GAGGUGGCGGGAAGAACCCCGCGCUGUAGGCUCCUCCCCUUCCUUUUCGCCGUCGCCGUCGUCGAGAGCGCACGUCCCGAGGCCCGGCGUUUGCCCAAGAACGCGUCCAAAAUGCGCUACGUUGCAGCUUACCUCCUCGCCGUCCUUGGGGGCAAUGAGUCCCCAAGCUCAAAAGACUUAAAGAAAAUUCUUGACAGCGUAGGAAUUGAGACUGAUGAUGAACGGGUUAACAAGGUCAUUAGCGAAUUGAAUGGGAAAAAUAUUGAAGACGUUAUUGCCCAAGGCAAUAGCAAGCUUGCCAGCAUGCCAGUUGGUGGAGCUGUAGCAGUCUCUGCUGGAGGUCCUGCUGCUCCUGCUGCUGGAGCUGCACCAGCUGCUGCAGAAGAAAAGAAAGAAGAAAAGAAAGAAGAAUCAGAAGAGUCCGAUGAUGAUAUGGGAUUUGGACUGUUUGAUUAAAAAUUUAUUUAGAGUUAAUCUGUAAUAAAUCUUUGAUAAAAGA